CUCCAACUCGAACGGUUCUUUCGCGGCCGUUUACCGUUUGCCGCUACUUCGGGUGUGUGUUUUUUUUAUGCCGCUCCGUGUAAACGCGUGCGAAUCGCUGCCUCUCGCUCGCACACGUGUGCGCCUUGUCCUCGCAUGUAUGUGUGUACGUGUGCGUGUGUGUAUUUUGCAUUUUUGCGGAACAUUUGUUAUUGUCUUUUUUCGAAUUUUACCGCUUUUAAUUUCGCUCCCCUCCCGUUAUUCCCGUUACAUAUGUGUAUUUGUUUUUAAUCUAUGUUUUGUAUUGUCGUCACCUCUUUUUUUUCAAGUGCUAAAGUGCUAAAAAAAAAAACAUAAAUAAAUCAAACGCAAAACAACAAAACCAAAACCAUUGAGAAAAAUGCAAGUUUCUUGAAAACGAAAAGAAAACAUCAAUUUAAAAACGGAUUACAACCACUGACAGCAGCAUCUUUAUUUGGAUAAAACAAAAAAUCGAAAGCAUAUAAAAACAAACACGAGAGAAAACAACAACAACAACAACUGUUAAGAUUGCAAGUGCUUUUGCAAUUGCUGUGGAGAAAAAACAACAACAAAAUAUCCGAAAUAACCCAUCGGCAGCCAUGAAAAAGAUCUAAAAUCCAUAUAGGAAAAAAGGCUAAAAAGGAGACCCAGAGCGAGUGGAAAUCCGAUAGUUAGGGAUUUCGACGGAGAGAUUUUCACCGAAUCGAGGCGAAUAUAUUCCCAUCCGCGGGUGGCGAUGCCACCGAGGCCCCUGUGGGCCCCCCCUGCCCCUGUCCAUGCAUCGAACGGGGUGCAGAAAUCCUGCACUUGCCAUUAACAAUAAUAAUAAUAAUAAUAGUUGUAAUAAUUAAUUAUUAAUACGCGACAAGAGAGCGAGUGCCUCGCAACGAAAACGUAAAAAAAACGAGAAACAAAAAAGAUACGCGGUAAUUAAAUAAUAAAUAAUCGACAUAAAUCGUGAAGUGAAGUGCACUCUCGCACUCUCGGUACAGUGAGCACCAGACACAAAAUGACUAUGAAAUCGAUGAAGUACUCCGAUUGUGAUACCAUCAUGGAUGGCUACAAUCCGGUGCCGCCGCCCCUGCCCCGCCGAGUGCCCCCCGUGCGAAAUAUCUACGCUGAGCCCUUUGCCCACGAGCCGAACCAUUCCAGCAGACUGGGUGGCCACCCACAGCAGAUGCCGCAGAGUAUGUCAACUGGCAGCAACACAAUCGGCCAUGGAGGCAUCGAUCGCGGCGGCGUCGGACUGCCAAUGGGCGCCGGCACGAUGCCCGGCGGCGUGGGCGGCGGCGGCCAGGUGGGCGUCGGAGGACCCGGAGGACCCCAGGGCGUGGGCGUCGGACCGCCCGGGAGCGGUAACGGUGGCAAUUGCCAGAUAAGCGGCUCACAGCCACUGGUCAUGCCCGGAUUCCCGUUGCGUAAUUCCCACUCAGCGCAUGCACCACAUUAUUCGCCAUAUUCGCCAUCCAGGUUUCACAUAGAUAAACGCUGUCAGCACCGAUGUUCCUGGAAAUGCCUGAGCAUCGCCUUAAUAUUCGUAUCCGUCGUCCUAACCGCCAUGUUGGCAUACUUUGCAGCAGUCAGCUCGAUGAAGCCGAACAUGGACAGCACCAACUGCAUCCUAGUCCAGGACGUCAAGUCGCAGCCCCACGAUCUGCGCGGCGGCUUGGCCAAGGCGAACGAGAAGGGCGUGGCCACGGCCUUUCCCACGGAGGAAUCGAUCCAGACGAGCACCUCGGACCACGGCCAGAUGAAUCCCUCGGCGGGCGGAGGAGGAGGCGGCGGAGGGGGCGGCGGCGGGGGCAACUCGGGCAUCCAGCAGCAGCUGCUCCUGCAGCAACAGCAGCCGCACUCGAUCAACCAGCCGCUGACCCCGCUGGACGCGACCAACACCCAGCUGCAGGAUCACCACCAGCUGACCUACGGCGGACUUGGACUCAACGGUGGGGGCCUGGGACUGGGCGGCCAGCUGAUGCAGCAGCCGGGCGGCGGGAUGAACGGACACCACCAUCAGGCGCUGCAGCCCCAACUGGGCGGCGUGGUGGAGCUGAAGGAGUUCAACGAGGCCUAUCACGCCACCAUACCCGCCUACCAGUUCUGGACCCUCGAAUUCCGCAACAAGCAUCCCGCCUUCAUCCGCUUCAACUUCACGCUGCCCUGGGGCGCCCACUUCGCCGUCUACUCGCGCCGCAAUGUGGCGCCCUCGGUGACGCAGCACGACUUCGUGGAGUUCAUCAAGGGCGGGCGGCUGGACAGCCACCUGAGGCACCGGCGCAGCAGCAGCGGCAGCGGCUCCAAUGGCACCCACACCCAGGAUGUGGAGCUGUAUCGCCAGCAGCAGGAGAAUCAGCAGGAGCAGGACAAGAGCGUGGAGUCGGAUCAGGAUUCGGAACAGGACGAGAGCCGGAGCUUCGACUCGAGCGAGUCGUACGACGUGGAGACACCGCUGGACACGGCCAAGCAGCACCUGCAGCGGAUCGGCAAGCCGCAGAGCCACUGGCUGAACAAGAGGUCCGCCGGCGACGGGCUGCCCGCUCUGGAUGUCGACGCCAUGACGGUGAAUGUCUCGCUGCUGCAGUACUUGGACACCGGCCUGUGGUUCAUCUCCGUCUACAACGAUGAGCUCGUGGCCCACUCCGUCUCCCUGCUGGCCGAGGAGGCCGAGGGCGUCAGCACCACCUGUCCCAACGACUGCUCCGGCCGGGGAAGCUGCUACCUGGGCAAGUGCGACUGCAUCGAUGGCUACCAGGGCGUGGAUUGCUCCAAGAGCGUCUGUCCGGUCUUGUGCUCGGCACAUGGACACUACGGCGGAGGAGUGUGCCACUGCGAGGAGGGCUGGAAGGGCGCCGAGUGCGACAUUCCGGUGGGCGAGUGCGAGGUGCCCAACUGCUCCAGCCACGGACGCUGCAUCGAGGGCGAGUGCCACUGCGAGCGCGGCUGGAAAGGACCCUACUGCGAUCAACACGACUGCCUGGAUCCCCUGUGCUCCGGUCACGGCACCUGUGUCGCCGGACAAUGCUACUGCAAGGCCGGAUGGCAGGGCGAGGAUUGCGGAACGAUCGACCAGCAGGUGUACCAGUGUCUGCCCGGCUGCUCCGAGCACGGAACCUACGACCUGGAGACGGGUCAAUGUGUGUGCGAGCGCCACUGGACGGGUCCCGACUGCUCCCAAGCCGUCUGCAGUUUGGAUUGCGGAAGGAAUGGUGUAUGUGAGUCCGGAAAAUGCCGCUGCAAUUCGGGAUGGACGGGCAACCUGUGCGACCAACUGCCCUGCGAUGCCCGCUGCUCGGAACACGGCCAAUGCAAAAAUGGCACCUGCGUCUGCUCCCAAGGAUGGAAUGGUCGCCACUGCACGCUGCCUGGCUGCGAAAAUGGAUGCUCUCGACAUGGACAAUGUACCCUGGAAAAUGGCGAAUACCGCUGCGAUUGCAUUGAAGGAUGGGCUGGCAGCGAUUGCUCCAUCGCACUGGAACUUAAUUGCAAGGAUAAUAUCGACAAUGAUGGCGACGGCAUGACCGAUUGCUCGGACAGCGAGUGCUGCUCACAUCCCGCCUGCUCGGAGCACAUAAUGUGCCUGUCGUCCAACGAUCCCGUGGAGGUGCUCCUCCGCAAGCAACCGCCCUCGGUGACGGCCUCCUUCUACCAGAGGGUCAAGUUCCUGAUCGAAGAGAACUCCGUGCAGUCGUACGCCCACAUGGACGAGUACAGCGAGAAUCUCUUCUGGAGCUCGUUCACACCUUGUCGCGUUUCGGUGAUGCGAGGUCAGGUGAUCACUCCCCAAGGACUGGGCAUCGUCGGCAUCCGAGUAUCCGUGGAUCGCGAUUCCCGGUUUGGAUUCACCCUAACUCGUCAAGGAGGAUGGUUCGAUGUGCUGGUGAAUGGCGGCGGGGCGGUGACCUUGCAGUUCCAGCGCUCCCCCUUCCGACCUCUGACCCGCACCGUCUUUGUGCCCUGGAACCGGAUCGUGGUGCUUCCGCCGGUGCAAAUGCAGCUGAGCGACGACGACGAGACGACCAGCAGGAAUAUCAAGGUGGCUCCACUGAAUCCCGCCCUGACCUUCCUCAACUCGAUCCACUACCACACGGCCGACGAGGCCAACGAUGCCAGCAAGGUGUGCAUGGACCACGAUCACGAGAAGCUGAGGCCCCAGCUGAUCAGCACCUGGAUGCCGAACGGAGUGGGCGCCAUGCCCGGCAAAAGGGUCAUCUUUGCCGAGACUCAGAUCGUCCAAGAAUCCAUCCAGAUCCCCGGCUCGGACCUCCACCUGACCUACCAGUCCUCGCAGGCCAGUGGCUACCUGAGCAUCGUGCGCAUGCGCCUGACCGCCGAAACGAUUCCGCCCACCCUGACGCACGUGCACGUGGGCGUGGAGAUCGAGGGAGCGCUGCACGUGAAGACGUACGAGGCGGACCCCAGUCUGGUGCACACGUUUGCGUGGAACAAGCGGAACGUCUACCGCCAGAAGGUGUACGGCGUGACCGUGGCCCGGAUUUCGGUGGGCUACCAGCACAGCACGUGCCAGUCGCCCGUUUGGAUCGCCCAGACGGCCAAGCUGCAGGGCUACGACGUGGACAUCUCGGACAUCGGGGGCUGGGGCCUGGACAUCCAUCACCACUACAACUUCCACGAGGGCAUCCUGCAGAAGGGCGACGGCAGCACGCUGCACAUGAAGGAGUAUCCGCGCACCGUCAAGGUGGUGAUGGGCACCGGCCUGCAGCGACCUCUCACCUGUCCGGACUACUGCAACGGGGUGGCCAAGGACGCCAAGCUGCUGACGCCCAUCGCUUUGGCCACCGGACCCGACGGCAGCCUCUACGUGGGCGACUUCAAUCUGGUGCGCCGCAUCACGCCCGACGGCAAGGUGUUCACCAUUCUGCAGCUGAGCGCCACCCAGGUGUCGUAUCAGUACUACCUGGCCGUCUCGCCGGCCGACGGGCAUCUGUACAUCUCGGACCCGGAGCGCCACCAGAUACUGCGGCUGCUGCGGCUGGAGAAGGUCAAGGAUCCGAGCAUCAACAGUGAUCCCGUGGUGGGCAGCGGCCAGCGCUGCAUUCCCGGCGACGAGGGCAACUGCGGCGACGGCGGACCGGCCCUGCUGGCCCGCCUCUCGCAUCCCAAGGGCCUGGCCAUCGCGGCCGAUAGGACCAUGUACAUCGCGGACGGCACCAACAUCCGAGCCGUCGACCCCAAGGGCAUCAUUCACACGCUGAUCGGCCAUCAUGGCCAUCACAAUCACUGGAGUCCGGCUCCGUGCAGCGGCACCCUGAUGGCCAAUCAGGCGCAGCUGCAGUGGCCCACUGGCCUGGCGCUGAGUCCGCUGGACGGUUCGCUGCACUUCAUCGACGAUCGUCUGGUGCUGCGGCUCACCUCGGACAUGAAGAUCCGCGUGGUGGCCGGCACACCGCUGCACUGCAGCAACGGCGGGCAGGAUGGCCGGGUCAACAAGACGGGAGCGGACAACGUGCUGGGCACCGUUCUGGCCAUGGCCUUCUCGCCGUUCGGCAAUCUCUACAUUGCGGACAGCGAUUCGAGGAGGGUCAACUCCAUACGCGUGGUGGACACGGCCGGAAAUAUGCGAUACUUUGCCGGCAAACAGGAGGGCACGGGAUCCCAGACAUGCGACUGUGCGAUUGGAGGCGGCAGCAACGGCAGCGCUGCCUCGUCGGGAGUGGGCGGGGCCAGCGGCGGCGCCUACUCGACGACCGUCAACCCCACGCGUCCGAAUGGCGGCACCACGCCCACCACCCCGUCGGGCGGAAACGGAAGCGGAAAUGGCAACGGUUCGUCGGCGACCUCGGGCGGCGGCUCAGGAGGAGGCGCCGGUGGCUCGAAUGGUGGCAAUGGCGGCUCAAACGGCAGCGGUGGUGCCUGCAUCUGUGCGGGCGGCAUCGCCCUGUCCACCGGAUCUGGCUCGAGCUCCGGCUCCGGAACCGGCGGCGGCAACGGCGGCGGCGGCACCCUGGCCAGCAUCGUGGGCAGCGGCGGCCUGAUGUCCACCGGACCGACCACCACCACCACCGUCCUGCUGGGCGCCAAGACCACGGCCUCGGGCAUCGGCGGUGGGGCGGCCACCCUGAACGACGACGGAACGCUGAGCAAUGCGGAGACGCUGCUCUCCUCGAACGCCCGCUUCCAGGCCAUUUCCGCCAUCGCGGUGGCCCAGGACGGCGUCAUCAAUGUGGCCGAUCAAGGAUCCCUGCACGUCUUGGCCCUGGAACACUACCUGCCGUCGCACGACGAGAACGGCGAGUUCCACAUCCCCUUCCCGCCGUCCAGCGAGAUCUACGUGUUCAACCGGUACGGCCAGCACGUGGCCACCAAGGACCUGACCUCCGGCAAGACGCGCUACAGCUUCCUCUACUCGAAGAACACGAGCUUCGGCCGGCUGUCCACGGUGACGGACGCCUCCGGCAACAAGAUCCAGUUCCUGCGCGACUACAGCAACGUGGUGAGCUCCAUCGAGAACACGCAGGACCACAAGUCGGAGAUCCAGAUCAACGGCAUCGGGAUCAUGACGAAGCUGAGCGAGAAGGGUCGCCAGGAGAUCGAGCUGGACUACGACAGCAACACGGGUCUGCUCAACUCGCGCUCCUCGGGCGGCGAGACGUACAUCUACCAGUACGAUGAGUUCGGCAGGGUCACGGGCAUGAUCCUGCCGAGCGGCGAGAUCGUGAGGAUCACCUCCCAGCUGGCCGACAGCCAGGGACUCACCGUCUACGUCCACGCCUCCGUGGAGUCGCUCUUCUCGCGGGAGCGAGUGGCCGGCGAGGCCAACGAGCUGCUCGUCCUGGGCGGCGUGCGAUCCACCUUCCUGAAGCGCGGACAGGCGCAUGCGGAUGCGGAGCUGAAGGCGAACAACACGCUGGUGAUCCACGGCGACAACGGCGUGGUGGUGGAGGCCUCCGCCGUGGCCCGCCACCCGCUCCUGGAGGCCGCCCUGCCCGUGGAGGCCGAGAUGCUGGCCAUGUGGUCGCACCAGAGCGUCACCAUGGGCGAGGGCCUGACCAACUCGAUGUACUCGGUUUAUAGUCUGGUAGGCGAUGUGAGGAACCCGCAGCAGACGCUCAACCGCGAGAUCUGGGUGAACCAGUCGCGGGUGAUUGGCGUGGAGUUCGAUCAGUUCACCAACCGCGAGACCUUCUACGAUGCCCGACGCACUCCUAUCUUGAUUGUGGCCUACGAUCAGUCUGGCUUGCCCAAGUCCUACUACCCCACCAAUGGAUAUCCCGUGAACAUCACCUACGACCGCUUCAAUCGCGUGGAGGGCUGGGCCUGGGGACCCGCGGAGCUCAAGUACAGCUACGACCGGCAUGGUUUGCUCUCGGAGAUCACCUCGCAGCAGGACGGGAUCGUGUCGUUCGUGUACAACGACUGGAAUUUGGUCUCCGAGAUCGGGCUGGCCAGCCAGCGGAAGUUCGUGCUGCAGUACGACGACGCCGGCGGGCUGAGGCACGUGGUCCUGCCCUCGGGCACGCGGCACAGCUUCAGCAUGCAGACCUCGAUCGGCUUCAUCCGGUGCACGUACACGCCGCCAGGCAGCACGAGGGCCUACCUGCAGCACUACAGCCAUGCGGGCGCUUUGCUGCAGACCAUUUUACCAGGAGACGGGGCUAGAAUAGUUUAUCGCUACAAUGCCGCCGGCCAGCUGACCGAGGUGGUGCAUGGCGAUGGGCGGAGCGAGUUCCAGUACAACGAGGCCACCGGCAUGCCGAGCACGGUUUCGCACACGGAGCGGGAGCUGGAGUACCGCUGGGACUUUGAGUACGCCGCCGGGCUGCUGGCCGAGGAGCGGAUCGACUAUGUGGCCAAGACGGGGCUGAGCAACGCCAAGUUCAGCUACGAGUACGACGCCCAGUUGAGGGUGGUGGCGCUGCAGGGCAGGAUUGGGGGGCAGAGCCUGCCCUCGCAGGCCUUUGCCUACGAUCAGAGGACAGGGAGACCCAGUUUGAUUGGCCAGUUCCGGUUCUCGCAGCCGGCGCUCAACCAGACGCAGCUGCACGACGGCACCGCCAGCUUCACGCGGACCGUGGACGGGCGCUUCCAGACGCAGCGCAUGGCGCUGGCCAUCCACCGGCUGGAGGUGUUCCGCAUGGAGUUCUCCUACGGCGUCCAUGGGAGGAUCUCCCAGACGCGCACCUACACGCGGAAUAUGGCGGUGAACAGCUACACGAACGUGAAGAACUACACGUGGGACUGCGAUGGGCAGCUGGUGGGCGUGGAGGCCCAGGAGCCGUGGGGCUUCCGGUACGACGACAAUGGCAACCUGCUGUCGCUGACCUACCGGGGCAACACCAUACCCAUGGAGUACAACGCGCAGGACAGGAUCGUCAAGUUCGGCGAGGGGCAGUACAAGUACGACGCGCGGGGACUGGUGGCCCAGAAUGCGCGGGAGGAGCGCUUCCACUACAACACCCAGGGACUCCUCGUGCGGGCCUCCAAGCGGGGACGCUUCGACGUGAGGUACUACUACGAUCACCUCAAGCGGCUGACGACGCGAAAGGAUAACUUCGGGAACGUGACACAGUUCUUCUACACGAACCAGCAGCGACCCUACGAGGUGAGCCAGAUCUACUCGCCGCGGGACGGCAAGCUGAUGUCGCUGACCUACGACGACGUGGGGCAUCUGAUCUACGCCCAGGUGUACCGGCACAAGUACUACGUGGCCACCGACCAGAGCGGCACGCCGCUGAUGCUCUUCAACCAGUACGGCGAGGGCAUCCGGGAGAUCAUGCGCUCGCCCUUCGGCCACAUUGUCUACGACUCGAAUCCGUAUCUCUACCUGCCCAUCGACUUUUGCGGCGGCAUCUUGGACCAGGUGACCACGCUGGUGCACAUGGGCGAUGGGCGGGUGUAUGACCCGCUGAUUGGCCAGUGGAUGUCGCCCGACUGGCAGCGGGUGGCCGAGCGGAUCAUCACGCCCACGCGACUGCACCUGUACCGCUUCAACGGCAACGAUCCGAUUAACGUGGGCCACGAGCGCCACUAUCCCGAGGACUUUGCCGCCUGGAUGCGCACCCUGGGCUACAACGUGGGCAAUCUGGUGCCCCAGUUGGCCCGCGAUCUCUGGCAGCCGCCCGCCUUGUGGGGCCGACCGCCCGCCAAUCCGGUGGCCCUCAAUCUGCGGCGACCCUUCGACAACAUACCCACGAUGGCCGUGGAGAGCGGCUUCCUGGCCCACCUGAAUGUGCGCCGAAUGUCGGACUUUGAGCAGCUCUCGGCGCCGCCGCGAUCGGCGCUCAAGUGCGACGUGAUGGACCCCUCGCCCAAGACCAUUGGCUCGGACACGGAGCCGCCGUUCGGCAAGGGCAUCGUGGUCUCCAGGACGGCCGAUGGCCAGGCCAUCGUGUCCAGCGUCCCGGCGGCCAAUGCCAUCUACCGCGAUGUCUACACGAGCGUCUUCAAUCGCUCCAAGCUGCUGCCCUUCACCUUCGUGGUGCACAACGCCCAGCAGGACUCGUUCUUCUUCGUCAAGGAGGACGCCUGGCGGGCCACCGAGGAUCGCCAGCAGCUGAAGCGGCUGCAGGGCCAGGUGAACACGACCUUCCACGAGAUAACGAGGGAGGCUGCGGCUGGAGCAGCUCCAGCAGCGUCGUCCUCUGCCAGUUCCUCCUCCUCAACGAGCUCCUCCUCCUCCAACGGCGGCAACUAUCUGGACGUGAAGAUCCACGGGGCCCAUGCCAUCAUCAAUCUGCGCUACGGCACCACGGUGGCCAAGGAGCAGCAGCGCCUGAUGCACCACGCCAAGCUGACGGCGGUGCGGAAGGCGUGGCACAGGGAGAAGGAGGCUCUGCGGAGCGGCCUGACCACCGCCCUCGAGUGGAGCCAGCAGGAGACCGAGGAGAUCCUCAAGCAGAGCUAUGCCAACAACUACGAGGGUGAGUACAUCCACGACGUGAGCCUGUAUCCGGAGCUGGCGGAGGAUCCGUACAACAUCAAGUUCGUGAAGAAGAAGGGCGCCACCGGCGGUGCGGCGGGGGUACCCAAUUCGCGGCGACGGCGCCGCCGAUCCGCCAUCGAUCCCAUCGAUCCUCUCCAGGCGCAGGGGGAGGAUUGUUAGCUCGCAGGCGUCGAGGAGGAAGCCAGCCACUAAAUCGGAAGUCGGACGUCGGAAAUCGGAAAUCGCAAGCAGCGGAGGAGCAACCGAGCAACAUGAUUAUUUAUAUAUAAAUAAUACACAUAUAGUACAUAGAUCUAUGUUAUCGAACCAGUUUUUUGAUGUCAAGGAACAUUAUAUAUAUAUACACGUAUACAUAAAGUAUUUUUUUUUUAUUGUUAGCCAUUAGAGAAACGUAAUGAAAGUAAAAGAAAUUUAAGAAAUUUAAGAAACUUAAGGGAAGAGGAGAAAGCGACAUGCCAACGUAAUCCCAUGUAGCUGCAUGUACGUUUCUAUGUGUGUGUGUGUGACGUCAGCUAGGCCGCAGAUACAUUUACAUCUACAGAUAAAGAUAAAGAUAACGAUACAGAUACAGUACAGCCACGGAUAUAGACGCAGUUAUAGAUAUACAGAUAUAUAUAUAUAUAAAGAAAAGAAAGAUAGCAUAGUGUAGUAGUCAUACGAGCAUAAAGCGUACCAUACAUACAAGACAUAUGUACAUGCAUACUCACCACAAUAAGGGGCGAAAGGCGGGAAACUCACCCCAGGGGGCAUCUUGGUUUUUUUUUUCGUGGUACUCGAGCUUUUUGAGACUGGCAUAGUUUUAAACAAAACAAAUUCAACGGCGACCGACCGACGGACCUUCAGGCGCUGAUCCCAGGGAUCUAUAGAUUCUAUAGAUCUAUAAAUCUAUAAAUUCCAGAUUCCAGAUUCCAACCAUCCAAUGUACAUAGAGGGGGCAUCAAGGAGAGCGAAGAGAGUCGUGGUGGAGAAGGGUGGGAGAACCGGAAGCGGAAACGGAAACGAAGGGGGGACGGCCCAGACCAAAACACACAUGCACAUACACGAACCGACGGACUACACUACACUGGACAACCGGUUUUGGGGUUGUGGGAGAUUUUUGCUUAGCGAAAGCUUUCUCUCAUUUGCUUUGCACAGUGUCAGCUUGGAAAAUUCAAAGGAAAAGAAAAACAAAUAAAAAAAAUGAAAAACAAACGUAUUUAUAGAGAUCGAACAACAAAAUUUAGCUGCUAGGCAAGAUGGUUUUUUUUUUAAA